UCAUUCACUCGUUUCACUUUUUUGAAUCCACCAAACACUUUACACUUCGCAGAGCACACCUCCCACUUUUCUCUCAACACUCAACUCAAUAUAUCUUCCGUUAAAUUAGGUUUCGUUAUAAAUCAAAUCGAAUUAAACCCAAAACCCUAAAUUUCCAACAUGUUCACUCCACAGAGAAAAAAUUGGGGCAAUUUCACCACCACACCCCGCGGCCCAAACCCUAAGUCUUCCGAUAAGGGCAAAUCCGUGGCCUUUCUUGACGGCCCACCACCGCCAGCACGAUCAAUCCUGACCGAGAGCCACACGGUAGCCGUGUCUCGUUCUGAUAUCGGAGAUGUCGAAGAUUGGAGACGCUUUACGGAGGCUGGGUUAUUAGAUGAGGCUUCUAUGGAGAAGAAAGAUCACCAAGCUUUACUUGAGAAAAUUGCGAAAAUCGAGAGAGAGCUUUAUGAUUAUCAGUAUAAUAUGGGGCUUCUGCUGAUCGAGAAGAAGGAAUGGACUUUGAAUAGUGAGAAUUUGAGAGAGGCAUUGACGGAAACUCAGGAGUUGCUUAAACGGGAACAGACUGCACAUCUUAUUUCGUUGUCUCAGGUUGAGAAGCGAGAGGAGAAUUUGAGGAAGGCGUUGGAAACGGAGAAGAAAUGUGUUGGUGAUCUAGAGAAGGCUUUGAAGGAGGUUCGUGCAGAACAUGCACAAAUGAAGCAAUCAUUUGAGGCCAAAUUGGUGAAUACAGAUUUUCUGAAAUCUGGACUCGAGGAGAAAUCUUUGGAUGUAGAAAAAAAAUUGCAUGUCGCAGAUGCGAAAUUUGCUGAGGUGACCAAGAAGAGCUUGGAGCUGGAUAGAAAAUUGCAAGAAGUUGAGACCCGUGACAGUCUGCUUCAGAAGGAACGUUUAUCAUUUAUUGCAGAGCGGGAGGCUCAUGAAGCCACUUACAAUAAACAUAAAAAAGAUCUGCAUGAGUGGGAGAGAAAAUUACAAGAAGGGGAAGAAAGAUUAUGCGAGGGCCGGAGAAUAUGUAAUCAGAGGGAGGAGAAGGUAAAUGAAAUUGAGAGGGAUUUUAGGUUGAAAGAGACGAAACUCAAAAAAGCACAGGAAAAAAUUGAUUCCAGCAAGUCAGCUUUGGAGAAGGCCGAGGAUGACAUAGAACAUAGACGGGCGAAGUUAACAGCAGAAGAGCAUAAGGCUGAAGCUCUUAGGAGUGAUCUGGAGAUGAAGGAGAAGGAGUUGGAGAUGAAGGAGAAGGAGUUACUGGCUCUUGCAGAAAAGCUCUCUGUUAGAGAAAGAGUGGAGAUUCAGAAGUUUCUUGACGAACAGGCUGUUCUUGAUGCAAGAAGGCAGGAGUUUGAGGCGGAAAUGGAUGGGAAAAGGAAAUCACUUGAUGAGGAGAUGAGAUGCAAGAUGGGUGCCUUAUGUGACAAAGAAGUUGCGAUCAACCGCAGAGAGGAAGACCUGGGUAAGCUUGAGCAAUCUUUGCAGAACAAUUCUGAGAGGCUUAAAGAGAAAGAGGAAGACCUAGAAACAAAGAUAAAAGAGUUGAAAGAGAAAGAGGAAGUACUCAAAUCAGAUGAGAGAAGGCUGGAUAUGGAAAAGAAGAAAAUUUCUGUUGAUGAGAAUAUCUUACAAACUCUUAAACAUGAAUUUGAGAGGACAAAGACUGACGUCAGCCAGAAACUUAAAAUUUCUGAAGAAGAGAGGGCAGAAUAUCUUCGUUUGCAGUCGCAACUGAAACAAGAGAUUGAGAAGUACCAACAUGAGAGGGAUUUGCUUCUGAAGGAGAGAGAGAGUCUGAAGGAGGACCGAAAGCACUUUGAGGAGGAAUGGGAAGCACUUGAUGAAAGAAGUACUGCUCUGAAUAGGGAGUUGCGUGAAUUUGGUGAAGAAAAAGAGAAGUUUGAGAAAAUGCGACUGUUUGAUGAGGAUCGGUUAAAAAAUGAAAGGCUUGCAAUGGAAAAGCAUUUUAAGGUGAAAUUAGAAGCUCUGGAAACAGAGAAAGAAAGUUUUGCUACUGUAAUGAGACACGAGCAGGCCCUUUUAUCUGAAAAAUCUAAAGCUGAACAUAGUCAAAUGCUUCUUGACUUUGAGUUGAGAAAAAAGAAUCUCGAGGAUGAUAUGCAGAGAAGAAAGGAUGAAUUGGAGACGCAUGUCCAUGACAGGGAGAGGGCAUUCAAUGAGGAGAAGGAGAAAGAAUAUAGCAAAAUUAAAUCUUUGAAGGAAGCUGUACAAAAGGAUAUGGAAGAAUUAAGGUCUGAAAGGAGUAGAAUAGAAAAGGUUGAACAAGAGAUUGCCUUGAAUAAGAAGCAGCUGGAAGAGCACCAACUUGAAAUGAACAAGGACAUUGUUGAGCUUGACCUUCUUAACAAGAAGGUCAAGCUUCAGCGAGAACAACUAAUUAAGGAAAGAGAUCGCUUACUUGCAUUUGUUGACAGGCUGAAGAGUUGCAACCAUUGUGGAGAAUUCACCCGGGAAUAUGAACUCUCUGACCUCCAACAACAGCUUGAAACAGAGUACAAGUUAUCUCCUCUAUCGAGGUCGGGACAUGGUCGUGUGUACAAGGUCCAGGAUGGAACUGAUUUAACAUCAUCAAAUUCUGGAGGUCACAUAUCUUGGAUAAAGAGAUGUACCUCAAACAUUUUUAAGUAUUCUCCUAACGAGACUGCUCAAUAUUCGAAAUCUCAAUCUGAUAUGCUGGCGAAUGUAGAUGAAAAGGACGAAGGACCUAGUGCUAGUGACUUAGCAUCGAGGGGGCUACGGAAAGCUGAAGAUGGUCCAGAACCAUCCUUGGGUCUUGCAAAUGAGUCUUCUGAUGUUCAUUUGGUCACUCCGAAAACCGAUAGAGAGGUUGCUGAGGGACAUGAUAUCUGCACUGACGAGUUCAGCAAUAUAAACAGUACGACAGCAGAAGCUCCAGAAGAUUCUCAGCAAUCAGAGCUUAAAAGCGGGCGUCGCAGAUCUAGUAGGAAACCCAAAGUUGGAAUCCACAGAACACAUUCUGUGAAAGCUGUGGUUGAAGAUGCUGCAGUAAUAUUGGGGAGAACUUCAGCGGGAAAACUGGGUGACAAUGUUCCACAUGAGUCUGCCGAUGUUAAUGAGGAAAGUCGUGGGGACUCCAGCUAUGGUGAAAAAGCACUUGGUACCACUCAAAGGAAGCGACAACGUGCUCAAACCUCAAGAGUUACAGUGAGUGAAGUGGCGGGUGAUUAUAGUGAAGAAUGCUCAGAAAGUGUCUCAGAAGAAGUUGGACGCAGGAAAAGACGACAAACUGUAGUUUCAUCUGUUCAAACUCCAGGUGAAAGGCGAUAUAAUCUUAGGCGAAACAAGACUGUGGGAACAGCUGCCUCCGCGCAAGCUUCAGUUGAUACCGAGAACAUGCAAAGCAAAGUUAAUGUUGACAAGGUGGAAGCAGUGCAAAAUCCUAAAGAUGCUCCUACCCGAUCACUAAAAAUUGCUCCUGAGAAAAGCAAUCCAACAACAUUUAUACAGGUUACAGCUAAUAAAAGUGUUCAAUUUCAAGAUCUAUCGGCAGAAAGCGAUGCUAAGCUCAAAACAUUCGAAACUCCUGAAAAGAGCAUUGAGCAGCUAGUGAUAGCUGAAAAUAUAGGGUUCAGUGAGGAGGUAAUUGCCAUGAGACCUGAAGGCUGUGUUGGCGCUGAAAGGGGAAGCACCUUACAUGAAGAUGGAGAUAAUGGACUUGAAGAUCCUGACAAUGCCGAGGAUGUGGAUGAUGAACCAGAGAAUCCUGGUGAAGUGUCAAUACAUAAGAAGAUCUGGACUUUCUUCACUACAUAAUUGAAGAGUUUCUCAAGUUUUAUGGGGUCUCUCUCCUUCUUGUUGGAGAGAGUAACUUGUCAUGCAUAUCAUCUCAUAUUCAUUAUGAAGACCAGGACUAAGGUUAUGGUUCUGGAUUUAAUCAUAUUCUUUCUUUUUGUCCCCAACGGUGGUAGAGAUUCUUGCAGCAAUAGAAGCUACCAAGCUGAAGAUGAUACACAUAUGCCAGGGUGCCAAUGAUCGUAAUACAAUAAAUUUGUGUAUGAUUUCUCUUGCUUUCAUGGUAGGACUAGGUAUUGGUUGGGAAGCAGGAAAUAAUUGAAAUUUACAUUUUUUUAUCGUUUUGGGAAAAUUUUUGUCUGCAAUGUGUUGCCAACAUGAACGUGCUACAAGUACAAGACCUUUAUAUUUGUAUAUGUAUGACUCCUUAAAACUCUGUUGUGAUUGUGGUUAAAAUUUGCUCUA